CUGUAAAGCCCCAUAUUAACAAGACAGCCUGAGUGCCUGAAAAGAAAUGUAAAAAACUAGAACAUAUUUCGCGAAGAUUUACUGCAUAUUUAUUUCCCCAUUAUUUCUUCAUUUAAAUGCACAAGUAAUAUCUGUCUUUUAAUUACAAAUAGAAAUCACUUCGCCCGACAAAGGAUUCUGUAAGCUUCAUCAAGUUAAGCUGUAAACUGUGGUGCUUCGCGUAUGUUUUGGAGCACACUUCAGGCGGUCGUCAAAAAUAAUCACAAUUCGGCUUAAAUUGUGGUUUCGGUUAUCGCUGAAAGUAUGAAUAAACGAGGAGGUGAAGGCCAUCCACAGAAAAAUGGCAAUGCAGCUCAACAUUGUGAGGCAAGUCCGGAUCUGUCUUCACCUGUCAUUGCAGCCUUUAAAGUCUUCCAGAUGGAGCUUGACGCCAAACACGACAAAUACGAGCGUCUCGUUAAGCUUAGUCGAGACGUCACCAUUGAGAGCAAGAGGACAAUUUUUCUUUUACACAGAGUGACAAGUGUUCCAGAUGCAGAGGCUAUUUUGAAUGAGGCCGAUGGGAAACUGAGUGGUGUGAGGGAGAAAAUUGGUCAGAUUGCAGAAGAGCUUCGCGGCGAGGACAUCUAUCAGUUUCACAGAGCAUUCACUGCAGGAAUCCAAGAGUAUGUGGAGGCCGCCUCUUUCCAGCACUACAUCCGUCACCGCAGCCUCAUCAGUUUGGAGGAGAUCAAUGCCAGGCUGGUGUUCAUGACAGGAGAUGAGGGCUGUGCCGACACACCGUCAUCAGAACCACACGUGAUAACUUUCCAGGUGAUGCCCGCAGACUACCUGCUGGGUGUGGCCGACCUGACAGGAGAGCUGAUGCGCCUGUGCAUUAGUAGUGUGGGUAAUGGGGACAUCGACACACCCUUCCAGCUGAGUCAGUUCCUGCGCCAGAUCCAUGACGGUUUCUCCUACAUCGGAAACACGGGCCCUUAUGAGGUGUCCAAGAAGCUGCACACUCUCCGUCAGAGUCUGGGCAAAGUGGAAGACGCCUGCUACACCCUCCGAGUUCGUGGUUCUGAGAUCCCCAAACAUAUGCUGGCCGACGUCUUCUCCAGCCGGAACACUCACAUGGACCCAGAAGAAGCUGUGGUCUAGGUUCUUUACAACCUUCCCUUUUAUUUAACCCUUGUAAAAGUUUGAACCACUUCAUAAUUGGCUCUCAUAUGUUUAACAACACUAUUUACUUUGUCAUACUACAAUAAAAUGUUGUUAAAAUAAU